GUCAUUCUGGUGGCCAGGGCUCGUGGGUACCGCGGGCUCCCACUGCGCUCGCCUCUGCUCCCCACUUCAGCUGCCGCUGCUAUUUUCGGCUAUUGCAGAUGUGGGGCUCGCUCGCCGCCGCUUUGUAGCCACUUGUCGAGAAGCAUUCGGAAAGCCUUAACUAUGCAUAAAUCUGCAGAGUGAAUGUUUUCUUUCAUUCACUUGCUCCUAUUAUUUGAUUUCUUGUAGGCCUCUGCGGCAGAAAUGGAGAAAAUAAGUACUUUGCAGGAACAGAAGGGGGAAUUACGAAAGCGCCUAUCGUACACGACACAUAAGCUGGAAAUGCUUGAAACCGAGUUUGAUUCUACACGUCAGUAUCUUGAAAUAGAAUUGAGACGUGCUCAGGAGGAACUUGAAAAAGUAACUGAAAAACUGAGAAGGAUACAAAACAAUUACCUAGCCUUACAAAGAAUUAAUCAGGAUCUGGAGGAUAAACUUUACAGAAUGGGUCAGCAUUACGAAGAGGAAAAACGGGCUUUGAGCCAUGAAAUAAUUGCACUCAAUAAUCACUUAAUAGAAGCCAAGGUGACGAUAGAUAAGUUGUCAGAAGACAAUGAGCUCUACAGGAAGGACUGCAAUUUAGCUGCUCAGCUUCUCCAGUGCAGCAAGAACUAUGACAGGGCACAUAAACUUUCAGAGCUGCCAACUGACUUUCAGGAAAGAGUCAGCAUCCACCUGGAAAAACACGGGUGCAGCCUUUCUGUGCCCUUGUGCCACACUUCUUAUGCUGAUACCAUACCCACUUGCGUCAUCGCCAAAGUACUGGAAAAGCCAGACCCAAACAGCCUGUCCUCACACUUGUCAAGCCCAUCUACGAGGGAUCUCAAUUUCCAGGACUCUGCUGGAAAAGUCGGACAAAGACCCCAGUACCCCAAGUCCGACAUCUACUGCAGUGACACGGCCCUUUACUGCCCCGAGGAGAGGAGGAGGGAGAGGAGGCAGAGUGUGGACACGCAGGUGAAAGACGUGGGGUUCCUGCGGUCCCAAAACUCCACGGACAGCACUGUCGAAGAAGACGGUUUCCAUUCCAGCUUCUCCCACGAAGCCUUCCCAGAGUACAUUACCUCUCUGCCAACCUCCAGCUCCUACUCCAGCUUCAGUGUCACGUCUGAGGAGAAGGAGAACGCCCAAGCCAACACUCUGACAGCCUCCCAGCAAGCGAUCUACAUGAGCAACCGGGAGGAGCUGUUUGAAAGGAAGUCACCCGCGGGUUACGAGCAUCAGGGAAGCCCCAGGUUUGCCAAGCCCAAACCCGCGCAGCACAUGGAGCUUGCUGACGACAACGAGAACUCGCCCACUUUUACCAGGACUCUGCCUCCAUAUGCAAAUGAACCUUUUCAUUUCUCAGCCAUAACACCACAGCAGGCUUUAGCAAACCAGAAAAUGAGGAACGAGUGCAGGAGCACCCACCUUUCAGAAGAAGACUUGCCAGGGCGAUGGAGGCAGCUGAGCGUGGAGGACAUUGGAGCGUACUCCUACAGGAACGCUGGCAGGCUGUCGCCCUGCAGUUUCUCAGAGCAGUACUACAGCAGCCCCAUCAAGAAGGGGGACAGUCGAACAAGCCCCAUCUAUGCUAGUUACAAAGCAGACAGCUGCUCAGAGGGAGACGACAUCUGCCAAAGCAGACUUGUGGAUUCUUGCUUCCUGAGAACAGACAGUGGCCUGAACAUUGACGUCAGCACGAGCUGUAAACAGGACAAAUUGCCCACUUACAAAACAAAAGAAUCAAGAGACCAAAAAAACGAAAGGAUCACUGUCCAGUUAUGCAGUAGCAAAAACAUGGAAAAUAGCCCAGUAUUGAAAAGAGAGUACGUGGACGUGAGCCCCAACAGCUCAGCAGAGUCACUCAAUCAGAGUUCAGUGGAGGCUUCAGAAAUCCACCAGUCUUCCAUGGAUCAAGGAAGCCAUCCGGGUGUUCACAGCAAACAGCCACAGUUUCAGCGGACUGGGAGCACUGGUCUGAGUCGGAAGGACAGCCUUACAAAAGCACAGUUAUACGGAACCCUUUUGAACUAGGCAUCUCCCCAAACGGCAAUAAGACAGCAAACAAAAGGAAGAAAACAGCAUUUGAUACUUCUAGUGAACAAUAAGGUUCCAAGAAACAGGAUUAUUAUAAAAUAUAUAUUCAUAAUGGUACUAUAUGUUUAAAACAAAAUCUCUUCAAAAACGUUAUACAGCACUUUUCACUUGACAUCCUUUCCACAUGGGAGACUGUCCCCUCCCCUCUUUUAUAAACCUGAAAUAUUUUUAUAAACAAAAAUGUAUUUAUUAGACUAUCCUAAGCUAUUUGAGCAGAAUUCUUUUCCCUUCAAGCAGGUUUCUUAUUUAUUUUUGUGCAUGAGGCCAUCUGUGCCUAAAUUCUUGGAGGAAAAGGGUAAAAUCAUGAUGGCAGUGACAAAAAAAAUAAACCCACCUGAUAAAAUACCAUAAAAUGUCAUGUGAAAUCAAAACAAACAAGAAUGGUGAAUUUGAAGAAGUAUAUUUUUCAACAAGAAUGGAAUUGUAUCUUAAGUUAUUUCAUACAAAUGUAUUUAUGAGUGACUAAUGUAUGCACAAAGUGAUACUAAUAUUUUGUUCUUUUAAUCCACUGUGUUUCUGCUUUCCUAUUUUUCCUUGUAUACUACCUCAAAAGUAAUUGAGGGU